GAGUUGUAGUAAAAGAGGUCAGUGCUAAUUAAGCUCCCCGGCCUCCUUGCUUGUCAGUGCUAGUGCCACACCUGAUUUCUUUUCUCUUCUUCCCUCCCUCCAAUGCGUACCACACUUCAAACCAAGAGGGAGGAUUAAGAAAUGGGGAGAGAGACCAGCAGCAGCAACAAAAGUUUUGUUGGAGAAACCCAAUGCUAGGUGCUGCAUCGAAGCAAGCAAGAACCCACCACCAUUCAUCAAGCAAAGCACGCCCAGGACACAAGCAAACACCUUUGAGAGUUUUGAGGAAGAGAGAGAGAGAUAGAGAUAGAGAAAGAAGAACACAACCUCAUGGCAUUCCAUCUCCAUAGAGAUCUUCGCCAUGCUCCCAAGCUUACUGUAAUUUAGCUUAGCUUAGUGUAAUAUUGUGCACUGCCCCAAGCAAGGCCAAGGAGGAUCGAGCUGCUGCUUCUCUCCAAACAAGAGCACCAGCACGGUUUUUGAUGCUGCUGCUGCCAUUGCCAUUGUUGCCGGCGACCCCAAGCCCAAUGCAUCUUCAGCACAAGCACAACUUCUUCUUCUUCCUCCUCAUCUUACUCAACCUCUUCUUCUUCUUGUUCGUCACCACAACGGACUCCGCUUCUAGCCCAAACUCCGAGGCCGCCUUCUUGUCCUCAUGGCUGUCCGCCUCGCCGGCGCGCCCGCCGGACUGGUCGCCGUCGUCCCCGUCCCCCUGCAACUGGUCCCACAUCACCUGCUCCCCCGCCGGCGCCGUCACCGGCGUCGCCUUCCAGUCCGUCCACCUCGCCGUGCCCCUCCCGGCGGGUCUCUGCGCCGCGCUGCCAUGGCUCGCCUCCUUUGUCGUCUCCGACUCCAACCUCACCGGCGGCGUCCCGGAGGACCUCUCCCAGUGCCGCCGCCUCGCCACGCUCGACCUCAGCGCCAACUCGCUCUCCGGCGAGAUCCCCGCCUCGCUCGCCAACGCCACCGCGCUCGAAUCCCUCAUCCUCAACUCCAACCAGCUCACCGGCCCCAUCCCUGGUGACCUCGCGCCGUCGCUCAGGGAGCUGUUCCUCUUCGACAACCGGCUCUCCGGCGAGCUCCCGCCGUCGCUGGGGAAGCUGCGGCUCCUGGAAUCCCUCCGCUUGGGGGGCAACCACGAGCUCUCCGGCGAGAUCCCGGACUCCCUCUCCGCGCUCUCCAACCUCGCCGUGCUGGGCCUCGCCGACACCAAGAUCUCCGGCCAGAUCCCGCCGUCCUUCGGCAAGCUCGGCAGCUUGGCGACGCUAUCCAUCUACACCACCUCGCUCUCCGGCCCUAUCCCGCCGGAGCUCGGCGGCUGCGGGAACCUCACCGACGUCUACCUCUACGAGAACUCGUUAUCCGGCCCCAUCCCGCCGGAGCUGGGGAAGCUGGGCAAGCUCCAGAAACUCCUCCUAUGGCAGAACUCCCUCACGGGCCCAAUCCCGAACACCUUCGGGGCGCUGUCGAGCCUCGUCUCCCUCGACCUCUCCAUCAACUCCAUCUCCGGCGCCAUCCCGCCGGAGCUCGGCCGCUUGCCCGCGCUGCAGGACCUCAUGCUCAGCGACAACAACCUCACCGGCGCCAUCCCCGCCGCGCUCGCCAACGCCACGUCGCUCGUGCAGCUGCAGCUCGACACCAACGAGAUCUCCGGCCUCAUCCCGCCGGAGCUCGGGAGGAAUCUAGUUAACCUGCAGGUGCUCUUCGCGUGGCAGAACCGGCUCGAGGGGAAGAUCCCUGCGGAGCUCGCGGCCAUGGCGAGCCUCCAGGCGCUCGACCUCUCCCACAACCGCCUCACGGGCGCCAUCCCGCCGGGGCUCUUCUUGCUCAAGAACCUCACCAAGCUGCUGAUCUUGUCCAACGAUCUCUCCGGCGUGAUCCCACCGGAGAUCGGGAAGGCGGAGAAGCUCGUGCGGCUCCGGCUCGCCGGGAACCGCAUCGCCGGCUCCAUCCCGCGCGCCGUGGCCGGGAUGAAGAGCGUCGUCUUCCUCGACCUCGGCAGCAACAAUCUCGGCGGCUCCAUCCCCAACGAGAUCUCCCUCUGCCAACAGCUCCAGAUGCUCGACCUCAGCAACAACACGCUGACCGGAUCUCUCCCGGAAUCCCUCGCCGGAGUCCGCGGGCUCCAGGAGCUCGACGUCUCGCACAACAAGCUCACGGGCGCUCUCCCGGAAUCCUUCGGGAAGCUUGAAUCCCUCAGCCGUCUCGUCCUCGCCGGGAACGCGCUGUCUGGGCCGAUUCCAUCGGCGCUGGGCAAGUGCGGCGCGCUCGAGCUCCUCGACCUCAGCGACAACGGCUUCUCCGGCGGGAUCCCCGACGAGCUCUGCAACCUCGACGGGCUCGACAUCGCGCUCAACCUCAGCCGGAACUCGCUCACGGGACCGAUCCCGGGGAAGAUUUCGCAGCUGGGCAAGCUCUCGGUGCUCGACGUUUCAUACAACGCGCUCGGCGGCGGGUUAAUGCCGCUGGCCGGGCUGGAGAAUUUGGUCACGCUCAAUGUCUCGCACAACAACUUCACGGGGUACCUCCCGGACACGAAGCUGUUCCGGCAGCUGUCGCCGGGGAGUCUGCUAGCCGGGAACGCCGGGCUCUGCACGACAGGCGGCGACGUCUGCUUCAGGAGGAAUGGCGGUGCCGGAGACGGGGAAGAAGGCGAUGAGGCGCGUGUGCGCCGGCUGAAGCUGGCCAUCGCGCUGCUGGUGACUGCGACGGUGGCCAUGGUGGUCGGGAUGAUCGGGAUACUGAGAGCUCGGCAGAUGAAGAUGGCCGGGAAAGGCGGCGGCCAUGGCAGCGGCAGCGAGUCGGAGGGCGGCGGGGGCUGGCCGUGGCAGUUCACGCCGUUCCAGAAGGUGAGCUUCUCGGUGGAGCAGGUGGUGCGGAGCCUCGUGGACGCCAACGUCAUCGGCAAGGGCGUCCACGGGGUCGUCUACCGCGUCUGCCUCGACUCCGGCGAGACCAUCGCCGUCAAGAAGCUCUGGCCCGCCACCACCGCCGCCGCCGACAUCAUGGGCAAGGACGCCGGCAGGGACUCGUUCUCGGCGGAGGUGCGCACGCUGGGUACCAUCCGUCACAAGAACAUCGUCAGGUUCCUCGGAUGCUGCUGGAACCGGAGCACCAGGCUACUCAUGUACGACUACAUGCCCAACGGUAGCCUCGGCGCCGUGCUCCACGAGCGCGGCAGCAAUGGCGGCAGCGGCGGCGGGGCGCAGCUUGAGUGGGACGUCCGGUACCGGAUAGUGCUGGGGUCGGCGCAGGGGCUGGCGUACCUCCACCAUGACUGCUCGCCGCCCAUCGUGCACCGCGACAUCAAGGCUAACAACAUCCUCAUCGGUCUCGACUUUGAGCCCUACAUUGCCGACUUCGGCCUCGCCAAGCUCGUCGACGACGAUGCCAACUUCGGCCGGUCCUCCAACACGGUCGCCGGAUCAUACGGCUACAUCGCCCCAGAGUACGGAUACAUGAUGAAGAUCACGGAGAAGAGUGACGUGUACAGCUACGGGGUGGUGGUGCUGGAGGUGCUGACAGGCAAGCAGCCCAUCGACCCGACGAUCCCGGAUGGACAGCACGUGGUUGACUGGGUGCGCCGGCACAAGGGCGGUGCUGCCGUGCUCGACCCGGCGCUCCGGGGGCGGUCCGACACGGAGGUGGAGGAGAUGCUGCAGGUCAUGGGUGUCGCGCUGCUCUGCGUUAGCCCGACGCCCGAUGACCGCCCGACGAUGAAGGAUGUCGCAGCGUUGCUCAAGGAGAUCCGGCUCGAGCGCGAGGAGUACGCCAAGGUCGACGUCCUGCUGCUCAAGGGUGGCGGCGGCGGCGGCGGCGAAUUGCCUACCAAUGCCGCUGCGACAAUGCCAGUGACAACGAAGGCCACUACGUCGACGUCGAGCACACCGCCAUACCGGCAAGGCCCCGGGAGCAGCAGCAACAGCAGCAGCUUGUCUGCCCUCUACUCCUCAUCAAAGGCCAAGUCACCAUUUGGCUGAUUCAGACCAAGCAAAAGAUGCAGUUGCAUGCCAAAAUUUCUACAUCAGCAGAUGAACAAUGCUGGUUAAUUUCCUCUCUGUUUGCGGUUGCAUUUUUUUGUUGUUGAUGGUGGUUAAUUAGUUCUGUAAAUGGUUUUGUUCUUUUUGGAGAGUACUUAAAUUAGUGUAAGUUAAGUACUUAGGAAUUACUGCUAGGCUUCGAAGACGAAGAGAAUUAGAGCUUGAAUGCUUGAUGGAGGUCUGCUGUUUGAAUAAAGAUCCAAGAAAUCCUAGCAAAUGGAUGGAGCCCGUCCAUGUUUCCUUGCUGGUGUUAAA